UCGGCGAUUGGCCGCCGCGAGUCCUUUUAAACAGUUGAAUCCUCGCAGCAGCGUUUGGGUGAGGGUUCGUGGAUUGAUCUCUCCUGAAGUUUUUAUAUGAAGCAGACGCUAUAGCGCAAGUCGAGGUGGUUCUGAGGAUGGGACUGUGGUGUGUGGUGCUGUGGAUGUUGAGUGUGCAGUAUGGGGAUGCUUUCUUCGACUGGCUGAACAAGCCUGCUCCCGCUCCCGCACCUCCGCAGGAAUCCAUCGCCCCCAUUCUGCUCCACGGAGAGACCCCUGCCUUUGAAAUGAGUGUUGUUGAUGAGAAGUUUUUGGCUGAAGCAAAGCAGAUGGAGCUCAGUCCUCUAGACAGCUGCCAUUUCCGGGUUGUUGCCCAGCUUAAAGCUACUUGCAGCAGCCUAUCAGAGGAGCAGCUGGCCAAACUGGGUGUGGCUUUGUUCAACUGCCAAUCAGAAGUGGAGGGCCGCAAGACUUACCCUUGCACUGAGGACAUGUCUAUAAAAGACUGCACAGCGGACAUGGACUCGGACACGUGGAAUGCGUAUCACAUUGUCAGUAACCGAGCGCGCUCCGUGUGUUACGCCACGCGCCAGCAGCACUUCCGCAAGCGAGCGGAGUUGACCGUCAACGCUCUGAUCUCCACCGCAAGCAGCCAACUGGAUGCCAUGAAAGACCUAAAGAACGGUCAGAAAGAGUUGAGGGAGAUGACUGCCGCGUCGCUGGACAAGCUGCUGGAGGGUCACGGUGCCCUGCAGCUCCAGCAGGGGGCUCUAAAGGAAGGACAGGAGCAGCUGGAUGCCUCCAUCAGUGAAAACCUGCAGAGGUUGGCGCAGGAGAAGGCUCUCAUCAGCACCGGCCAGCAGCUGGUGGCUCAGUUAAUUCAGGGCAUCACGCAGAGAAUGGAGAACGUAAGCGGGCAGCUGAAGGGUCAGAGCGCAGAAGUGCAGGAGGGACAUCAGGCGAUUCUUGAAGACCUGGCUGUGGUCCGAGGAAGUGCCCAGGACAUCUAUGAAAAAAUGGAGCUCAAUCUGAACGGCUUCCUCCAGCAGCAGAACACCACGGCUCGCUUCUACUCUGAGCUCAUGAGCAAGCUGGAGCGCAUGAACGGGACUCUGGGAUACAUGUUGACGUACUUGGACAGUAUGCAGAAUCGUCUGGAGGACAGACUGCACGUGAUCCAAGGCUAUCUGGGCUGGGCAGGCCUGAGCCUCCGAGCGCUGUGGACGUGUGUGAUGCACGCCGGUUACUUCCUCCUGUCUGCGGUGCUGCUGUCGUUCCUGCAGUGCGCCACCUUCUCCCGUGUCUCUCUGCUCCUCACGGUGCCCGUCAACGCCAUCGCGGAGAUCAACCAGCAGUCCGCGCUCGACCUGGGCUCGCUCACUUUGCUGCUCUUCACACUUUCUCUAGGCCGCUGGUUUAUCCUGCAGGUGCUCUGGGCGUUAUCUAAAAUGAAGGGCCAGACAUGCAGCGCGGCUCCUCUCUGUAUAGGUCCUCCUAAAGAGAAGACUCCAGAAAAACAGACCCAGUCGACAGAGCGCUGCUUUGCGCCGUCCUCCACUCCUGUGCCGAAUGACCCGGACUGUGAUUUGGAGGUGGAGAGCUUCAUGAUGGGUGAUCCAUACAUACUGUCCAUGUCCCCAUCUCAAUCUCAUGGGCCACCAAAGUUCAGUCAUCUAAUGCCAGGCACGCCCAGCCACUCCACGCCCAGAUUCAAGAGCCGCCACGGCAUCGGAGCAGCAGUGCUGGAGAAUGUUCCUCAGAGGAACCUUGGAGGUGUGUUGGAGACCAUUAACCACUCUCGAGGCUCGAGCCCCAACCACUCGCUUGCCAGCAACAGUUCUUUUUCAGGUCGCUCGCUGUGCAACGGUAUCACUCGGCUGGGUCAGCCAUGCAAAAAGAGGGCUCUGGUGGGUCAGGACUACUGUAGACUACAUGAAGGGGGUCACACCUCCUACAGUCGACUCUGAAAUCGAUUCAGCAUCUCGUCUUUUUAUUCCACUUCAUUUCUGUGUACAGAAAUGUUUGCAGGCUAUACAUUGAAUGCUAGAGCACUCUUCUUUUUAACUAUUUAAUCGCGGUACUUUGUCUUUUUGGUCAUAGUGGGUUUUAUUUCAUGUUUGUUGUGCCACUUAUAGAUGUAUUCUGCAUUAUUUAUAAUAAAUUACGAAAAGUAUGAUUUUAAGAUGCACGCUUUUUGCAAGUGCUAAUAGAUUUCACCCUGCUGUCUGCAAAUGCGUUGUAUGUCUUAAACAUUUUAUUAAAGCAUUUUUGGAAGAAAAGUAAA